AUGCCUCUCCCCGCUGUUGGAUCCCGCCUCUCUCUCAAAGGUUACACUGCCACAGUCAGAUACGUCGGCAACGUCGAUGGAACGGUCGGUGACUGGAUUGGUGUUGAAUGGGAUGAUCCAGCGCGUGGAAAGCAUGACGGCGUCAAGGACGGAAAACGUUACUUUUCAUGCCUAGCUCCUGAUGCAGGCUCCUUUAUCCGACCGCUUCCCUCGAUUGACUAUGGAAGGCCUUUCCUUGACGUUCUAGUCGGAAAAUACAUUGAGGUCCAGCAUGGCUCUGCGACACAGGAAACAGUUGUUCUCGGUUCAUCGAAUGGUGCCAUACAAGUUGAGGCCGUUAACCUAGACAAGAUUCGUGGAAAAUUCUCUCGUCUUGAACGUCUGCGGGAUAUUAGCCUUGACAAAGAAGGCGUUUCAAGACCGAAUCCAGCAGGCGAAAUCCGAGCCAAAUGCCCAAGUGUGAGAAGUUUAGACCUGUCACACAACCUCAUACCGAGCUGGGAAGUGAUCGCUCUCAUCGCGAUUGAGCUGCCUCUCCUAGAAUGCCUUACGCUGAGCAAUAAUCGGUUACAGUCAUUCCAAUCCUCUAUACACGCGGGGCAAGCCUUCCGAAAUCUUACCGAGCUACAACUCAAUGCCACUCUCAUCACAUGGCAGACAGCUCUCGACGUCAUCGCCUUCAUGCCGAAACUCAAGCAUCUUGAACUAGGAUACAAUCGCCUUUCAGGCUUAUCCUCGACAGAGUACCCUCAGGGUUCCUUUGCUUCAUUGGAACUGCUCAAUCUAGACGGCAAUGACCUCAUGGAUUGGGGCGAUAUCUGUCGGGCGCUCCGGCCUUUUACUAGUCUCCGUCGACUUAUCCUCUCCGCCAACCCUAUCUCUGUCAUUCCGUCUAUCACAUCUUCAAUUUCCAAACCCAGCUCCCUCAAACAUCUUGCGUUAACGGAUACUCGAAUCGAUGCUUGGAAUUCCAUUGAUGCUGUAUCGGAUUGGUGUCCCGGACUCGAAGGGCUCAGCAUCAAUGGUACACCGCUUGUUCAAGUAGAUCCUGAAACAGUUCAGACCUGGCGACAGCUCGCCAUUGCGCGUGUUCCCGCACUUCGAAUGCUUGACGGCGCUUCUAUAUCACCUCGCCAACGCACCGAUGCUGAGCUAUUCUACCUCUCCUUGAUCUCUCGCAUUGCAUACCCUUCCGAUGCUGCGCGUCUUGCAGCCCACAAGCGAUGGACCGUCCUAUGCCAACUCCACGGCACACCUGAUAUUUCCGUAUCUGAUUCCGCAAAGGACGAUAAGCUCAGCAAUCAUCUCAUUGAAAUUGAAGCUAUCCUCUCAUCUGCACCACCCUUGUUGUCUGCGUCUCACGAUAUUUCCACUGUCUCCCAAACGACUAUACGUAUUCUCCCAUCUGCCCCUCUCCGCCUUUUGCGUCUGAAACUCCAGAAGGUGUUCAAAGCCCCCCGAGGCACACGUGCUGAUGUGUGGAUGCACAUGGCAAAUGGUAAAUUCUCUCGGCUUGGAAACCUGGAUGGUGAGAAAGGUGUGGAUGAGAACAAGGAGAUUGGGUGGUGGCUUGAUGAAGGAGCAAAAGUAGUUGUAUGUUUGAAACCCGGAGAGUAA